CCACUGCCUGUAGUGGGAGCAAAGGCGGCUGAACAGUACCACGGCAUCCUUUCCUGGAUGAUCCUUGCAACCUUCGAUUGCCUCGUCCUGCCUUGAUUCGGAUUCCUCUCCUCGAUUAGCGCUUCCACUCCUUCCUGCUCCUAUCCCUCACACCCUCCGGAAGAGCUCGCCAUGGCUGUUCCCGCUAAGCCAGAGUCACAGGCAGACGCAGACGAUGACCAGAGCGUCGACGAGGAGCUUCUCGCAACCGCACGUGCCCUCGACGCCGAUGAAUCAGAAUACAGAGAAGGUGCAGGCGAGGGUGUUGGCGACGAAGCACCGCAGCACGCUCACGGGAGCAACGGUCAUGCUGCCAAUGGAGCCAAUGGAAGUAGCUCUUCUGCGCAAGGCUCGGGCCGCGGUCGUAAAGCCAUGACGGAAGAGGAGAAAGAGGACGCUAGGCGGAGAAAGAAGCAACAGGAGGAAGAGGAGGAAGAUUCGGAGGUACACAAGCAGCGAGCUUCGAAGCUCAAGUUUUUGCUUCAGCGGUCUGGCGUCUACUCGAAGAUCAUGGCAGACAAGAUGGAGAAAGAGCGCAAGGCUAGAGCCGAGGCCCAGUUGAAGGAAAGCAAGGCUAACGCCAAUGGUCAUACUGGAGAGGACCAAGGCGGAUACUCCAAGGGAGUCGCCAAGGGAGUGGCUGCCGGGCGCAGCACCCGAGCCGGAGACGCCGAUGAGAAGAAAGUGGACUCUUCAUCUGCCCCUCGUCAGAAGCGAGCCAACGCAGGCAAGCGCAAGACGGAUGACGAUGAUUGGGAAGUCUCCAAGUACAUCACAAAGGACGAUCUCAAGAGUGGAACCUCCACACCCGUUAAGAAGCUGAAAAGCCAGAACGGCACACCUUCCUCCAGGCCAUCCACACCUUCCUCCUCUCGGUCGUCCAGACAGCCAGCUCUUGUGACGGGAGCUGAGCUCCGGGACUACCAGAUCGAUGGCUACGAGUGGCUCGUGGGUCUGUAUGAGAACGGUCUCAACGGUAUUUUGGCCGACGAGAUGGGUCUAGGCAAAACGCUACAGACCAUCUCCUUCCUGGCCCACUUGCGAGGAAAGGGGGUCUGGGGUCCCUUCCUCGUCGUCGCCCCGCUAUCCACGAUUGCAAACUGGGUCAACGAGUUCGAGCGCUUCACACCCGGCAUUCCUGUCCUCCUGUACCACUCAAGAGGCAAAGCCGAGCGAGCAGAGCUGAGACGGCAUCUCAAGUAUCCCACCACGCCUGAAGAGAAAAAGGCUUUCCCGGUCGUCGUGACCAGUUUCGAGGUCGCCAUGAUGGAUCGGGCGCACCUUUCGCAUCUAAAGUGGAAGUACAUUGUGGUGGAUGAAGGACACCGAUUGAAGAAUAUGAAUUGCAAAUUGAUCCAAGAGCUGAAGCGGUUCAAGAGCGCACAGAGAUUGAUUCUCACCGGAACUCCGCUCCAUAACAAUCUGAAGGAGCUGUGGUCCCUGCUCAACUUUAUUCUGCCGGACAUCUUUGAUGACCUCGAGACUUUCGAAAAGUGGUUUGACUUCUCUGACAUUCACAACGAGGGCGGCGACAACAGGCUUCUCUCCAAGGAGGACAGCAGAAGUGUCAUUACGCAGUUGCAUUCUAUCCUCAAGCCCUUCUUACUUCGACGCUUGAAAGUCGACGUAGAGAGCAAUCUGCCGCCCAAGAAGGAAUACUUGCUCUAUGCUCCGCUGACUGCCCUGCAAAAGGAGUUGUACGAAGAGUGUGUUCACGGUACCAUUCGCAAGUGGCUACUCGAGAAGAAGACCGGUCUUUCCUACGCAGAAAUUCGCAGUCUUCUGGGCGAGAGUCCGCCCGUGGAGACCAUCGAAUACAACGGAGCUAACGGCAGCGAUGCUAAUUAUCAGAAUGGCCAUGCUGAGAGUCAAGGACCUACCGGGUCUGCUAAGCGCCGAAUCCGCUCUCGCGGCAACAACGUCAGCUACGCUGAAGACGAGACGGACGAUCAAUUCGCCGACCGCAUCGAGGCUGGAGAUGAUGAGGAGCAGGAGGAGGCGGAACCUCUCAGCGCUAGUGACCAAGAGCGAGAGGGCAAGCUGUACGCUAUCAAGCAAGCUCAGAAGGACAUCCACAACAUGAAGCUGCAGAAUCUCUUUAUGCAAUUGAGGAAAAUUUGCUGCCACCCCUACCUCUUUGACUGGCCUAAGCAGCCCGACGGGCAGAUGCUGGUCGACAAGAGUCUUGAGACUAGCAGUGGUAAGAUGUUGAUGUUGAACAGGCUCUUGGACGCCUUGUUCGCCAAGAAGCACAAGGUCCUCAUCUUCUCUCAGUUCACUACUAUCCUCGACAUCAUCGAAGACUGGGCGGACGAGUACAAGAAGAUCAAGACCUGCCGCAUCGAUGGUACCACGUCUCAGGAGGACCGAAGGAUGCAAAUGAAGUCCUUCAACGAGGACACCUCGGAUGACUCUGUCAAGCUCUUCUUGCUCAGCACGCGUGCUGGUGGACUGGGUAUCAAUCUCGUUGCAGCAGACACAGUCAUCUUCUAUGACAGUGACUGGAACCCACAGAUGGACUUGCAAGCCCAGGAUCGAGUGCAUCGAAUCGGGCAAAAGAAGCCUGUGCUCAUCUUCCGUCUGGUAUCUGCAAACACCGUCGAGUCACGUCUGCUGAAGAGGGCUGGUGACAAGAGGAAGCUGGAGGCGAUUGUGAUCAAGAAUGGAGAGUUUCAGCUGCCGGCUGGCGUGUCAGGAGCAGACCUGCUGAAUGGCUCGGCAGCUGGUCGCUCGACGAGUAAAGGCAAGCAAGAGUCGAUGCAGGACAUGGCUCGGUCACUCAUGGCCCUCGAAGGCGAAAAGGUACAAUUGGCCGAAGAAGGGGACGAGAUCAUCAGCGAUGCUCAGCUAGAAAUGUUGCUCGACCGUUCGGAUGCCGCGUACAAGAGACAGACUGGAUGGGUUGCAUCUGACGCCAGCGGCAAGUUCGAGGUGACAGAGACUAAUGCAGAUGCCGCCAAUGAGGAUCUGGCCAAGCUAAUGGCAGAGAGCUAGUUGUUGAGCAGUCCGGCAGGGGUGGAAGGAAGUACGAUGGCAGCGAUACAUACAUGGUGAUCUAUUAGACGUUUCUGGCUUUCCUGUCUUGCUUGUUUCUAUUCCUCACACAAUACCAUCAUCAUCUUUCAGUCCGCU